AAUGCAGAUGAUGCAGGAGCUCGAAAGCUUUGCUUAGUUGUUGAUGAAAAUGGCUUUGGAAUUCCAAAAAAAUCUCUUGAACUUAAUCAACACUCAUUGUUAACAGAAGAAAUGAAUAAUUGGCAGGGAUCUGCUUUAUGGAUAUUCAAUGACGCAGUAUUUACUGAUAAAGAUUUUGAAUCAUUACUAAAACUUGGUGUAGGUGGGAAGUCAAAAGACUACACAAAAAUAGGAAGAUUUGGUAUUGGAAUAAAUGUCUCUUUUCAUUUGACAGAUCUAGUUAGUUUUGUUAGCGGUGAAUAUAUAGCAUUUUUGGAUCCGUCAGAAAAAUUUUUACCAAAAACUGGAAACCCACCUCGACAUGCACGUGGAAAACGUAUAAAUUUUCUUAAAAACGAUUUUAAAAACAGAUUCAAGAAUCAGACCGAACCAUAUAUAUCGCUCGCUCGCAACUUGUCAAAUGAAAAUGCGUCGAUUUUUAAAGAGUUCAAAGAGUUUGAUUUUACGAAAAAGUUUAAUGGAACUUUAUUUCGGAUACCUUUGCGAAAUGAAAAAACUGCUCAAAACAGCGAAAUUUUACAGGAAUUAUUUCAUCCUAGAGAUAUUUUACAAAUUUUUGGGGAAAUUAAAGGAAAUCAAGAAAUGUUAUUUUUGAGAAAUAUUGAAUAUUGUAGCUUACAGUUCUUAAAAGGCAAAUCCAGACAAAUGAUUUGGGAAGCUAAAAUUGAAAACAUGGAUCCUACCUUGCGUAAUAAUCGCUUAUCAUCAUCAUCAUGUGUGCAGCAAAUAUUUCAACUUGAAAUGGAAAUGAAUAACAGGGAUAGGAAAAGUUCAGAAAUAUGGUUAGUUUGUACUGAUGGAAAAGAUAAAAAUAGUGUAGGAGAUUUGGAAACUUUUUCUAUAAAUAAUAAUAUCCGAGCAAGAGGUGGAAUUGCUUCAUUGUUGGCACGAUCUGAUAAUAAAUCAUUAGCACGGCUAAAGAAGGAUAAGUUUCCAAAUCCCCCGAUUCCGAUGCUUACAGGGACAUUAUACUCAUUCCUAUCGCUUCCAAUAACCACCUUUCUUAAUGUUCAUAUUAACGGAACAUUUUAUAUUUCAAGCGAUAGAAGAAAUAUGUUGCAGUCAGAAAAUAACUCCAUCCUAAAUGGAAAGUCAAAAUCAAAUUCUUUGGGUGAUAAUUGGAACAAACACAUUUUAUUUGAAAUACUGCCACAAUUGCAUGCUACACUUUUAGAACGAGUUGCUGAAUUAGAUUAUCAACAAUUUUUAAUGUUUCAACCGGAUCAAGUGUCACAGUAUAAUCCAAUAACAACUACGAGGCUUUGGCCAAUUGUAAAUGGACUUCCAGGGAUUUAUAAAACCUAUGCAGAAAAAGUCUUAAUGAAAUUGUAUAACGGCAAUUUCAAA